AAGAACGUCAAGAAAAAAUUGAAAGAAUUCAAAAUGUAGUCAUUAGGAAUCAAAUUAUAGAUUUAGUUAAUUAUAAUAUACAAACAUCAUCUUAUGAACAAUCAGAAUCUGGCACAAUAAACCUUAGCAACAUUGUACAUACUUCAAUGCUUGAUGAUAAUGAAAAUAAUAGUAAAAACAUAAUCGAAGAUAUUGAUAGUAAGAAAAAUAAUACUAAUGCAAAUAAUAGUGAUAAUAUUACAGACGAAGACUUAACUAAUGAUAAAUCAAUCAUUAAAGAAUGGACUAAAAUAGAUAAAAAUGAAAACAAUGAGCUUGAAGAAAAUAAAGAACCUGAAGAAAUAAGCAUAGACACUUUGGUUACUAUUAACAGACUUAAUUGCCAUCCAGCUGAUCAUGAAAAAUCAAAAAUCGAAUUACAAUAUCUUUUUUCGCAUAUCUUAACCCAACUAUUAUUUGUUUAUACUUUUAAACAAGAUAUUGAAAAUGUCGAAGCAACGCAAUAG